GGAGUCCGACAUCACCUCUCCCACUACUGCACUCCACGCCACCGAUAUCACCUCGCAGCACAACAACACAAACAACCAAGCACCCAUCAAGCAGCGACAAGCCGAUAGAGCUCUGCGCGAAAGCUGAAAACAAGGCAACAACACCCCAGCUGAACCCCUGGCGACUAAACUCCCACCACCGCUCCACCAGCGAAAGGCGACCACAAUGUCUCAAAAACUCCCUCUCUACCAGGAAAUCCCGCAGGGCCAACAUCCUAAUGUCGCCACCAAGAAGCCAUCCAGAUUCUCGCGCCCACUGGGCAUCACCAUAGCUGUCCUAUCUCUCCUUCUCAUGGGCCUCUGCUACAUAUCGCUCGUCUCCCACCCAACAGGCUGGAGCAUGAGCACAACGGAACCUUCCGAUGCCAAAGAGUCUCAAACAACAGUAGAAGACCUCUCUCCAUCAGAAGACUUCAGCUUACCUCCCGCAUCUCUCUCAUCAUCACCCGAAGCGGAAGAAUCCGCGUCUCUAAACUGCAAAAUUGGCGACCUCUAUGGAAGUUGUCUAAACGACAUUCGCUUCUUCCAAUGCACGCCUGACGGACCUUUGACGCAUCCUUGCCCUGCUGGCCAGAGGUUUUACUGCACAGGCGAGGGAACUGGAGAAUGUGCCCCAAGGCAUACAGAUGCGGGGGCAGGAUUCGAGAUGGUUUGCCACGGAAAGCAGGAACUGGGCGCUUGCAGGAAGAAGGCCGACUGAAGUGAGCAGGAAAAGUGAGAUUUUUAUGAGUGCGAAAGUGAAGGAAAUGCAUUUCGACAAUUCAGUUCGACAGAAGGAAGAAAGAUACGACGACGGCCUCGCCAGGCUCCCGACAACCCAUGUGUGUGUUUUGCUAAUGUAAUUAACCAUCAUUAUCAUCCCGUCAUCAUCUUCAGCGUCAGCAUCAGCAUAGCGGCAAAGCAUCUACAUAGCCAGUUACUAUACGAAGGAAAGGCCACAAAUUAACAGCCACCAC